GAGGCUCGGCGACUGUGGCUGGCCACAGUCGCUCGUCUGGGGUGCGACGUCCACUUCACAUAAAAAUCCACGGUAAAUCAUCGGAAGCUGCUUUGUGGAUCCACAGAGUAGCGCAGCAGAGUGGCCCGUCUGAUUUUGGCCUAAAGUUAAUAAAAACCACAAUGCAGUCAAAAUUUCGAUACCCACGGGAUGAUGCUUCGUUUCCUGGGCUCAAAUGUAUACUAAUAAUAAUUAAAUAAUAAACUUCCAUAAUUUUUUGAUGAGCCACCCGUGCCAGAUUCUGUUUUAAAACUUCGCUUAUAAGAUAAAAUCUAUACUUGCAUAAAGUCUACCUUUAAGUAGCGCGCCAAGUUCCGUGUUGUAAAGUUCAUUAAUCAUUAUCGCCACAUGGCAAAAUGCAAGUUCAAUGCCGAAGUAGUUUAAAAAAAGCACAUAUUAUAAAACUCUCUAAAAAUAGUUCCAAAAUAAAUAUAUGAUUCUAUUAGUGUUCAAAGAAAAAAUUAUAACUACCUAUUGCAUUUAUUGGAUAAGGUGCUUUUGUGGAGUGUCGUGUAAUUUAGUCAAACAGGAAAACAGUGUAAAAAGAGAGUUACCUAAAUGGGGGAUAAUUUCGUAGAAACUGUAAUAGAACUUCACAGAUCGAAGUCUUGGAAAGAGAUUUUAAACCUAAAUACACAUUCUGAUAACCAAAAUGCGUUGAAAUUAUUAUGGGUGUGGCCUGAAAUCAAAAACAUAAGAUAUAUCAAAAAUUUAGUAAAAGAUCUCGGAUAUAAAGGAAUAAUAUCUUUAGGUUGUGGAUGUGGUCUUCUAGAAUGGAUUAUAAGCGAAGCUACAGGUUUGCCAGUGUUGGGAUACGAAAUAAACCCAGAAUGGUGGGAGAGUAAAUAUUCCAAUUACAAAUUUAUUAAUCUACACUACGUAGACAGCAUUUCCGAAAAAACGUUAGAUUCAAACUACGCAUUAUUGUUCUGUUACUUUAAUGACAGAGAGGCAUUCCAAAAAUAUGUAGAGAACUACAGGGGCAAUUUGAUUUUCAUAAUCGGACCUGGAGAUGAGACGUGCAGACAUACAGACCCUGAGCCCUUUAGCGCUGACUUUGGAAGUUCUGAAUGGAAAUUGUACUGCUUCCAAGAGGUUAAGAGUAGUGGAGAUUAUAUAGCGGCGUAUGUUAGAGAAGAACGAAGUUUAUUUAUGUGAUUCCAAUUGUUUUAAACAUAGUAAAAAGGAGAUGUAAUAUAUCAAUAGUAAAA